AUGGCGGAGCCGCUAUGGUUGCAGUGCUUCAAGUCGCAUGCUGCACCUUCAGAAGUCGCCAAAACCUGGUUUCAGGAACUGUCGUGGGAGGAUCCAUGCGCUGCCGACGCCGUGGCGCUACGGGCCCGGCUGCGGCAGGACAUCGCCGGCUCCAACUGUGCUGAAGUGCGACAGGACGCGGCCAACGGAUAUCUCUACACCGCCGCCAUCCUCCGCGCCGCCGACGGCGCGCUGGGCAUCCCGCCGCCCAAGGCCGCGGGGAAGCUGCGCGGCGCAGCGUCGGGGGACGGCGCGCCACUGGGGCCGCGCUGUGUCGUGGAAGGGGGUGCUCCCGGCAGCCUGGGCCUGUGGUGGAGCGACUUCCAAACGGCCGCGCGGCCCUACGAAUUGCUGGAGCUGGGGAUCACCCAUCGCUUGAACAUGGCUGCGGAAGUCGUCAAGAAAUUUCCUUCCGGCAGCGACCAGCCGCCGCUGUUGCACGUUCCCAUGCGAGAUGCCUUCAGCAACGAGAAGGAAGUCAACGAGGGCUGCGUGGAGGAAUGGUCCGCGCAACUGGGCGAAGCCCUGGAGCUUUUGCGAAGCUUACGACCGCAGGGGGCCAAGGUGAACGUCAGCUGUCAGAUGGGCAAAAACCGCAGUGCUGCCGCUAUCUUGGUUUGGAUGUGCAGCGAGGCCGGUUGGACCUUGGAAAAUGCCGUGGAACAUCUGCGGUCCAUCACCGCGUUGGCCUGUGGCAAUCCCUACCUGAUCGAUGCGGUCGCCAGAUUUCUACAGGUGGAGGUGGACAUUCCUCUGAACGACGCUGGAGAUGAGGGCCACUGGAUCUGCAUCUCGCCGCCGGGGACGCCGCGAAACCUCCGCGACGACGACGCCGACGACGACGACGGGACUGGGGCGGUGACAACGGCGCGUCCGGCAGUAGAGGCUGAGAGCUGUGAACUGGCCGGGUUGUUUGAAGGCAUUUGA